AGCGGGCGUAUUUUGGAAACAAUACCGCGAGGUGCUGAGUGGCCUCCUCCUGCGCCCGCCCGCCCGCUGCUGCCGCCGCCCCUGUCCGCGCCUCUCGCCUCCCGCCACAACCCGCUGGGCUUUCCCUUCCUUCCCAAUUGAGUUUGGGCGCCAAGCCCCCGAGUGCUCGUCACGCUGGACCCUGGCGCGGAGCCCUGGCAUCACGACUCGGAGGCCGAGACUCUCUCCUGGAGUCACCCAGGUCUGCUGUGUGUUGUGUGAAUGCAUGAGUAUGUGUGUGUGCAUUCCCAGAUUUUAGCCCUUGUUGGAGAUUCAGAAUGUCUGGCUACUGCUUUCUGUUGGGAGGAGUCCGAAUUCAGCACCCCUGUUAAGAGUACUAAGGGCUGGGCUCCUGCAGCCUUUAGGUCCCCUUGCUAGGAAUAAAGCCUCCUCUGGUAGUGCUCUUAGGAAGUCCUCUCCUCCACUUUGGACACCCCACUUCAGCUCAGAGGAAGGGGAGGAGAGGGGUCUCUUUACUGUACCCCAGUUUACACCUGACUUUUUCUAGCACCCCUGCGGAGGCUCCCACCUGCAGAAGAGCCACCUGCAGUUCCUGUGGAGAGUGGGAAGGGUCCCCCCCCACGCUUGCCGGGCCACACCCUCUGGCUGCACCUCCCCCAUUGUCCAGCCCAUGCCAGGGUUGAACUUUGGGGCUUUGCUGGGAGGUGUUGGGGGAGGUGAUAGUCUUCAAAGGAAAACUGCAGACAAUGAGUCCUGCUUGUGAUUCGCUUUGGAGGGCCCCAUCUUAGCUUGGGAUAGCCUUGCAGAGAGGAGGUGGAAGGGCAGAAGGGGAAGCCCCUGCCAGGUGACUGGCUGGACAGCCUUUGGUCCUUUCAGAGGGAAACCCUGUUUUCUGGUACCAAUAAGCUGGAGAUCUCUCACCUCCUUUUGGGAAGUGCAAAGAAUACCAUGUGUCUGUUUUGCCCUCUUUCUCCAGGAAAGAGGGCAGAGAUGGGACCAUAGAUAGCUAAGGACAAGAUUGGAUGGAGGGAGGGUUGGAGCAAGCACCCCAGAGAGCUUGCAUUUGAGAAAGCCAAGAUUUGCAAAUUGAACUGAGAUUUCUUUAAGUACUUUAGCAACCCACAGACCAUUUGGCUUGUUCUUCAAAGGCAAAAGACUGGGGAUAGAAUUAAAUCUGGCAGUGACAAACAUUGUCUCUCUGUACCCUUAAUUGUUCAGGUGGUUGCUUUUCUGACUGCCCCAGGGACCCUAAGGGGUUCCUGGUGUGUGUUUAUAGGGGGUUGGCUUGGGAACUUCAGAUGCUGUGUGGCUCCAAGCUGAGACUUCCAAGAGCCAUCAGGUGGAGCAAGUGGAACUUCUUUAUCACCAAGAAACUCCUAUCAACAACCUGAGUAGUUUGGGCAGCGAGUGAGGUCACAGAGAGAGGGCUGAAUUUCACUUCCUUCUGUGAGGCAGGUUGUACCAAGCUCAGGUUCAGCACUGGCAGGAAUGGUAGGCUAUGGGGAGAGAUUUGAAGUCAUGAAGACUAGUGAGUAGCCUGAACUGGAGGAGGCUAGCCACUUUGCUGGCUGCUGGACCUCCCCUUUAAGGCUAAGCUGUGGUGGGCAGACAGCUCUACUCUGCUGAGAGGGCAGCUGCAAUGACUAACUUGGGUUUUUCUCCCCUCUCUCUCCCAGGACACACUCUUACCACAUCGUGGAGCCUGUUUGUUGUGUUGAGCAAGCAGGGGGUGGAGACUAGCGUCUUGGGCGGGGCUUAGCCCGUUUGGAGGGAACCUGGCCGCCCUGGGAUUGCUGGCUUUUGUUUUUGCUUCCGAGCCUGGAGCUCAGCUCAGACUCAGAUGAGAGCUUGGUGGUUCCUCCUCAGGCCAGUGAGUGAGUGAGUGUGUGUGUGUGUGUGUGUGUGUGUCUGUGUGUUGUGAGCACUUUGUGUACAGCCAGUCACAGCGCCCUCUGCCCUCCCACAGCCACUCACAGAGCCUAGUCUUGUUGACAUUUCUCCAGGUACCUUGCCUGCUUGUAGCAGCUGAUCAUAGCCCUGCUAUUGCUCAGAGUCAAUAGCAGUCAAACUGCACAACCGUGACCAGCCUGGGUCAGAAGGGGCCAAGGGGAGGGUGGCUUUGAAGGGGCCCAGGGAAGAGGUGUGAAGAGUCCCAGCACAGCAAGGCAGCCCCCAUUUGGGGCAGGAGUCACCCUUGGCAGUGUGCUUUGUCUCCAGGGUUAUCUGUCAUUGUUACCUGACCCCACUUCUCCAGAUAAGAAGGGGGAGCAGGAAAGAAGGAAGGGAAGGGGAGUCCUUCCAGGUUUAGCCUGGGUGGGGGGCAGCCUCCCCGAUGCUUGCAUUGCACCCUAACAGGGGAGAUGGAGCCACCUCAGUGUGUGGAGGAGCUGGAGGAUGAUGUGUUCCAGCCAGAGGAAGGGGAGCCGGGGACCCAGCCCAGGAGGGUCUCUGCUGACCCGUUUGUCCAGAGCCAGCUGGACUGCCCCCUCAGCCGUCUGCAGCUCUUCCCUCUCACGCACUGCUGUGGCCCUGGGCUUCGACCCACCAGCCAGGAAGACAAGGCCACCCAGACUCUCAGUCCAGCCUCCCCGAGCCAGGGUGUCAUGCUGCCUUGUGGGGUGACUGAGGAACCCCAGCGACUCUUUUAUGGCUUGCCCCUUGGCGAACAGCCCCCCGAAGGGCAGUGGCAACAUCGAGCAGAGGUACAGAUUGCCCGAAAACUUCAGUGCAUUGCAGACCAGUUCCAUCGGCUUCAUAUGCAGCAGCACCAGCAGAACCAAAAUCGUGUGUGGUGGCAAAUCCUCCUGUUUCUACACAACCUCGCUUUGCAUGGAGAUGAGAACAGGAAUGGGGCAGGUCCCAGGUGAGGCUGGGCUGCCCUCUUCGCAUGGGGCACCACGGAAGGACAUCGGCAAGGACUGACACUGUGUUUUAGGAAGUCGUUAUCAUUUUGUGGUUUUUAUUUUAAUAAUUCCCCUCUGUGUACAUAAGACAUACCCAAGUGGGACCUUUUUCCCUGUUCAGGGCCUCAACCAGGAAUGGGGGGCCUUUGUCAAACACUGUUGAAGUAGAGGCUGAUGUGUCUGUGAUGUGGGAACCCCCAAGGGCUUGGACAAGGAGAUCCUCAGUCCUCAGUGGUUGAAGACGACCGGCUAGUGAUGUGCCCCAGCGAGCGGACUGUGGUUUUGCCACAGGAACUUGGUUUGACUCCUGGUUCCACCAAAUCUAUCAGCCUUCCGCCAUGGAUGGGACCCAGAUCUGACGGUCACACUGCUUUAACUAACCCCCCCCAGGGCCUCAGCCAGGGGCUUUCCAGCUGUGCAUGGCAACCUCUCUAGGCUGGUCAGCCAGUUCUGUGUCUGGGUUCUCAUGGGGCCCAGCCAUCACCUGCCCCAAGGGCUCAGGGAUUCUUGCCCAGCCCUUGUCAUCUCCAGCAGACCUCAGGGAGGGUUGGGUUUCUCCAAGGGCCCCUUAAACAUGCCGCAAAAAUGAAUCAAAUUUCUGGGUCGACCUUAUGUCUGACUUGGUCCCAUUUGGAAGCUCCAGGAAUGGUCCCAAGGUGCAGAACCACUGCCACCUCUGGCUGCCGGGGACUGGCUGGGUGUCAACCCAUGGAUGAGCCAAAUAGCCAGUCAACGUGCUGUAGCCAGCAGCUGUGCCUUUGUUAGCGCUUCUUUCAAAAGACCCAGCCAACAGACUACAUCCCACCCCCAGUGGCAGCACUCUAGGGCCCAAAGGGACAAGAUUGCAGUGGUGCUGGGAAACAUGGUGGCCACCCCACCUGUAAGAAGCAGCCCUGGAGGAACCCAGCCCCCUUGGUUUCCUUGGAAACCACAUACCUCCUCCCUUUUAUCCCCAUUCCUUUCUUACACCUAGUGGGAUACAGGAAGAAGCCAGCACACUGGCUUUGUCAGCUGAAAUGUGUCUUUUAGAGUAACAGAGAUUAGAGUGCCGAACCGUCAAAGCUGGGUACACAUUUCCUGUCUUCCCUCAACUUCCAGCCAGGCUAGAAAGGCGUGCUCUGGAACUCAGCAGGAUCAGCUGCCUCUGAACUUCGCUUCUCUCCCUGCUGUGGCACUAAUGGAGAGAAUUUAAAGCAACCAGUCUGGCAGCUCUGAGAGCAGACUGGUAAUCUGAAAAGAACCAGGGAAUCUGUUAACCAGACACCUAGAAAUUACAUUUAUCAUUUUUGCAUAUGCAAGAAAAGUUAACCUUGGUGCUAACAGUGAAGUAAGGCCCAAAGAAAAGAUAGUUUCCCUGGGCAGAGAAGACCCCAGGGCUACCCAAGAAAAUUGGAGGAGUCCAGGGUAGACUCUCAAAUCUAAACAAGCCCAGGCUCCUCUAAUUCUGCAGAGAGGAGAUCUUCGUUACUGUUGAAGGACACAUCGAUCUUCUGGAUGUAUGGUUGGGCAGGUUGUUCACUGCACAAGGGCACCUGCAGAGGAAGAUAAUGGAAGCUAGGAUCCAGCCCAUGCUCUGCUCACUAAGCUCUGUGCCCUCAUGUAGGGCUGUGUCUCACAGGAAAGCGUGCCUUUCCUAAUUUGCACAGAGGUGCCCUCUGGGCUCACAGUGCCUCAGAGGAGAGGGGCUUCAAACUGUGCAUUAGCCUUUGUUUUGUUCUGCUUCGAUGUCCUGGAGGUGUUAACCUGUUCUUGGCCAGAAUCAUAUUCUCAGGGUGUGUACCAUGGUUUGUCUGCUAAGAAGAUGGGUUCCUCCUUAUCAGAAGGAAUCCAGGAAACAGGCGUGAAGACUGGCACUGGGACAUGCUGGCCAUUGUGCAAUCCAGCUUUCCCAUUUUUCCAUUUUUUUGAUGUGCAUAGGACAUGUGUUAUUUUCCCCUCUUCUGGACCAUGGCUGUGAGGGGCAGGCUGCUGGUAUAUGUUUGAGUGAUACACACAAGAAAACCAGGAUUGUUUCUACCAGCCGCUUUUACCCUCUCUCAGCAGACUUUCCACGUGAUAAGCGAAGGAGCAAGUAGCUGGUCCAGGCCUUACUGCUGAGAUAAAACCAGCUUCAGAGACCUUGCCAGGUGUGGGCAGGAUGUCCUGUGGCCUGUCCUGAGAACUGAGCCCAGACUUUGAUGAGCUCACAUGAACAUCCAGCCUAGGGUGUGAUGGAGAUUGAUCUGACUGCACUGUCUCCAUCUUCUGUGAAGCCAGCAAUUCACUCACUAUCCGAAGCAAGCCAGGGCAAAAUGUAAAAUGUCCCUCCUCCCUCCUCCCCUCCGAACCUGAGAGGUAACUGGGAGAGUAGCCCCAGGAGGGAGAGAGGUUCCUCCUGGCUGACUGUUUUUAAUUGGCCUGGUGAUGGAGACUGGCCCCUUCCCCCUCUGCCUAGUGAAUUGGUCUGAACAUUCCUCAGGUCCAACCUCAGGGGACACAUCCCUCCCCCUGGGCCCCCUCUCCCCCUCCCCCACCCCCAGGAGCUUGGCUGUCUCUGGUUAGUGGGUGGAGAAUCUGAUUUAGAGGGAGAGAGAGUCUGACCUGGCUCCUGACCUGUAACCAGCUGAAGACUUGUGGAGCUUUUGUGGUUUGCUGGUGAGGGUGGGGGGAGGCAGUGGGAGGCGGGCUGGAAACCUCCUCCAUGGGUAGGAACGCCCUGGAGGAAGGGAAGCCUGAUAUUCAGGGUCAAAACAGCCCUUCUAAUUCAGAACCCCAGCAUAGGGGUUUCUGGAAGCCAGUAGACAGAACUGGGGAGGGAAUUCCCUCUGGCCAGCCUGGCCCCUGCCUUUGCCUUCUUCAGAGUCUGAGCUGCUGGAGAGCUGGCCCUGUGGCCUUUUUCCUGCUCAGUCUGAGAAAAAUAUCACCUCCCAGUGCCCUCAUGAGCCCCUAAGGAAGUGGGUCUGUGGUGGGGGCUUAUGUGGCAGGCAUGUUCCAAGUGCUCAGAGGGGCCUGCUGACUUGUCUUUCUGUCCCCAGCAACCCAGCCCCAUCCAAGGGUGGGUCUGGCCUGGGUAUGGCAGGGAAGGGGUUGUUGGGGAUAGUCCAGCCAGGGCCUCCACUGGAGUCUGGGGGAGCCACUGUGACUUUCCUGGUCAGCAAGGAGCACGCUGAGAACUUGAGAGCUUGUCUCAUUUGAGGGGAUUUGAUAAAGUGGAAUAGGGGGUGUGGAGAGCAGCAGAAGCAGGUGCUUCGGAUGCUGUGGGCUCUGUGGGGUUUCUGCAAACCAGUGCUGCAGCCCAGGCCAGUGGAAGCUUUGGAGCCCUCUGUGUGUAGGCGGGGACUCCUUGGUGAGAGACCAUGCUGGCCAGACUCGUUCUGGCAAGGAGUUAACCCGUCAGCCGGUGAAGCCUCUGGGGAAGCUGUGGGUAGUUGGCACUUCAGGGCUGGUGGGGACUAUGAGCCUUGAAGGAAUAGAGAAAGCUGUGCUCUUCCACAGAUGUGUCAGCUUCUGGGGCUGAAGGUGCUCAGGCCCAUGCAGGCUUCUGUCUGCAUAGCCUCAAUCUCUGCACUGGAGCCAGCGCCUCUCCCUGCUCUGAGAGCAUUGCCCACCGGGCUGCCCCCAUCCCUGGGUCCGCAGGGACUGCCAGGGGGAGACCCAGUGAGAAUGUAGCAUUUUGUCCACCCCAGAUUAGCUGUCCUGGGUUCUAGGCCUUCCGCCUCUGGAGGAGAAACAGGAGAGAGGGGGAGGGGAUAGGAACCCAUUGUUUUUAAACCUGUACAGAAUAUUUGGCUUUAUGUUUUUCACAUGCAUAUAUGUGUGUGUAUCUUUUCCCCAUCAAUUGGUACAAUUUUUAAUAAAACCAUUUAAAGCAAA